UGGUUUUACUCGAGAAAAGCACAUACAAGAGAGAGUAGUAUUUUUAAUAGUAAUAAUAAUUAUAAACAUGGAGAAGAGUGAAAGAAGAGAGAGCGGUAGUGAGAACAAGGGAACAAAUAAAGAAAGAGAUUUCGAAGAUGACUAUUAUAUGCAUAACAUAGUUUUGUUCACAGCAGGAGCAGCUGUGUUAAUGGCUUGUUUGAAAAGAGCCGUUGUGGUUUUUCUUUUAAAGGAGUGGAGGGCUUGGGUUUUUGUAGUCCUAAACCUGGUGCUCUUAGCCAUUCUCUUUACUUCAUCUCUUUCCAACUCAAACGACGACAAGGAAUGCAGUAAAAACGAGUCAAACGACAAUUCAGGUGAGAAGACCAAGAAUGAAAGGAACAAGAAAAUUAGGAGGCAAAGGUCUAAGGAGCAGUGCUGGCCUGAACAAGUCGUUGUUACAAAACGACAGGAGUCUGGGUAUGAAGAAUGCCGAAAGAGUGUUAGUAGAUGUGAUCAAUCUCAGACUACAAGUAGUAGAAAUGAGGAAGCUUUCUGCAAAGAAGAUGAAAUUGAGGCUCCCAGACUGUCCAAGGAGGAGCUUAAUGAGAGAGCUGAAGCUUUCAUUAUGAUGUUCAGGCAGCAUUUGGUUUUGGAUGCAAGAAAAUGUGGUAAACAUUUGUUUAAAGAACGGCCUGAAAGAGUAGACCGUGUCAACUUUCAAACUGCUUGUUCAAGAUAAUUGAUUUGGUACUUAGCCCACAAAAGGAGUACAAUUUCUUUUCCCUCUUUUAUUCUCUUUUUGGUGGGGGGUUUAGAUGUUGUUUAAGUUCUUAAUGUGUUUCAGUUGUGCAAUUUGAGGACCAAAUAUCCAAUAGUUUUGUAAUUCUACUUAUAAUAUUGUUUAUAGAAAGUAGAAACAUAAACCAGCA